AUGAAGACUAGCAUUGUGUUGAUUAUCUGCUUGGCGGGAGUUUGCAGGGCAGCUCCAAAGGUUGACAUUUCAUCUUGGGACAAUCUUCUUCAAAUUGGAGGUGAUGUGGAAGUAACCAAAACCUCCUCAGGAAGAAGCAACGAUGUCUCAAUUCAAGGCUCUAUUGAAAAUUAUCUCAAAUCCAAUGAGCUUAGUUUCAAAUUACCAAUUGUUGGUUCUACAAUGACCAUGGCUGCAAGAAACUUGGACAAUGAUGAGCUGGGAUUUAGGCUCAAUUUCAAUAGUGGAAGCCAAGUAGAAGCUAGGGGCAAAAAGUCCAAACUCAAGAAAAUCUUUGUCCCCAUCCUAGUCUUCAUUCUCAUCAAAGCUAUGACUUUAAUUCCUCUAGCCUUAGGAAUUCUCAGUCUCAAAACCUGGAACGCUAUCCAGCUUUCCUUCGUAUCUUUCGUGACCACUUUAGCUAUGGCUGUUUGGAAACUUUGUUCCAAAGUGAAUGGAGAUCAUCAACCGCCACCACAUAUUAUUCAUGAGGCUUAUGAUUCACACCACCAUCAUCAUAUUGCUGCUGCUAGGUCCGAUCAAGAAGAUGCUAAUAAUAUGGCUUAUAAUGGAUAUGCUCCUCAAUCACAAAAUGAAUUACCAUAUUGA